UGUUGUUGUGAAGAACAGUUUCAUCAAUCAAUAUCAAUGGAUUACUGUAGAGCAAUCAUGAAGAGACAUAAGAUAUGACUCUUGCUGUAUCGUAGUAUUGAACAUGUAGCGGAUUAGUAAAAAAGAAUUCAAACUGAACCGAUACUAUCCCAUCAACCAACCUGCAACGGCAAAAAUUCUAAAGGUGUCGAAGGAGAUGAAUUCAACCUGGCGUGUGAUAGUAUUUCUAAUAAUACUAUGGCAAAUUUGCUACUAUAACAAUCUCUUGGUCCACGGCUGUCCUCUGGAGUGUAUCUGUCUAUCACAAACACAGGUCAUGUGCAACACUGGCUCGCUGCGUGAGAUACCAUUGAAGGCCAUCCCCGUAAAGGUAGAGCAACUGUCACUCACCAAAAACUACUUCCCAAUCAUCAAAAGUGAUGCUUUCGGAGGAUUGAGAGCGUUACGAAAGCUGUCACUCGACGGCAAUAACAUCACUACUAUUAAACCAUUUGCUUUCCGUGGUUUACCGCGGCUGCGAGAUCUCUCGAUUCAACACACCCCUCUGGCAACAGUUGCAUCAUUUGCUUUUGCCGGGCUACAGAACGUCUCGCAAAUACAGCUGUCGCACAACAAAAUCCUACGCAUCGAAGGGUACGCAUUUGCUGGGGCCGUCAACAUUCGACAGAUACAUCUCGCCGACAACCCAACCGUAACAAUCGAGACGAACGCAUUCUCCAGCCUUAGCAACGUCGAUCGACUCAUCCUACCGUCGGGUAUACGUGCGAUCGAGCCGGACGCUUUCUAUGGUCUCGAAACGGUUGGCUAUCUGAAGCUUUCUUUCAUGGAUCUCGCCUCCCUGGAGCCGUACACAUUCCGGGGUCUGACGCACGUCAAACUGCUCUCUCUGCAAGAAUCUGAUCUAGGUAUCAUACGAGCUGGGGCCUUUGAGGGUCUCGUGCAGGUCGAGCUGCUCAACAUACUCAACAACAAAAUUGACGCCAUCCAGGAGCUCAACAUUACUGCGGCCAAUAGAAUUAGGGUGCUUCGGAUUCAGGGUAACCAUCUGCUAGAAACUCCCGAAAGUGGCUCGAUCGUGCUUGAAGGCAUCGAUGCACUGCAUGUAAAUAGUAACUACUUCCCAUGCGGAUGUCACAUCCACACACUCUUAGAUAGUCCCCUCGCCAACGGUACUUACUUGUCACACAAUGGGGCUCCCGCCGGUGACUUCCUUUCCAAGAACUACUGCAUCUCCCCGCUCGAGGUGAACGGGAUGCCAAUGAGCUCAAUCGAUCUAUACUCAAUCGGGCGCUGUUUUGAACAGGUUACACGAGAAAAUCUCGAAGCAGCCAACACAGCCAUAUCAACUAUGCUGCGGGGACAGUCUUGGAACAGGUGGCUGCAAUGGCUAAGUGAACAUAGUAAGCGGUCUCAAGAGAAGACAUUUAUUUCAGUUGUCUCGUCAGCUGUGCGGUUUCUGGCGGCAUCGCCUAUCAUAACAAUUAUGUUUGUAGAAUAUUUAAAAAGUUUUAACAUUAAAAUCAGUUGAAUUUUAUUUUUUUGGUGUCAGUUGGUAAGAUAUUUUUUAAUGAAAUCAGAACUAUUCGAUUUCUUCAUAUUCGGUUCGGAAGAUGUAAAUCUGUAUACAGUAAAUUCGGAUACCGUAAAUCUAGAAUAUCUAAUUACAGAGUUAAGCUUAAAAAUAAAAACAGUGUAGCAGCCACUUGUGGAAAUAUGUUAAAGGUAAUGAUCUAAUCUUCUUGUUGAUAAAUAUGGCCUUAGAUUGUUUUCCUGUGCAGCAGUUACAAUAUCAGUAUUUUGACAAGAAAUUUCCAAUAUAAAUUUCGAUGCUUUUUUUAUUCAUUCCAAAAUUUUUAAAUUUUUAUAAUUGAAUAUGAUUUUAAGCCAUAUUAUUCAUACAACACAUCAAACGAUAUUUCCAUCGAUGCCGUCAAUCCAAAGUGGCUAAAGCAACUGCAGUAUUAGUUAGAUUUGUUUGCGUUUUGCGAGUUACAGGGUUUUCGAGGAUUAUAUAGACAUGUUCAGCGAGUUGUUGAUUCGU